UGGUCAUUUUCAUUAAAAAAAUAAUUUUGUUUCUAUAAAAUUUAAAAUUUUUUUAAAAUUUUAAAUUUAAUUUAAAACAAACAUAUAUUUAAAAUUUCUUUUUUAAUCUGCAACUUGAUUCAUGGAACUUCUCAUAAUUUUCUGCUAUCUUUUUGGCAUCGUUAAUAACAACCUUUUGGGUCAGGUUUUCUCGCCUGACUUAUUCAAUAUCAGCUCGAUAAAACAUUUGCUAUCCGAAACCGUUUCUUCCAACAUGUUGGAUUCCAAAGCCGGAAGUUCAGCCGAAGAUGAGAAAGCGGAGAAUUUUUUUGUGGCGAUGCUGCCUCAAAAAAUCCCUUUCUUCGGAUCGAUCAUGAAAUAUUUUAAGGAAAUGAACGAUGACAUACAUGAUUAUUCAUAUGUUUUGGGACCUAGCGGAGAACACCAGCCAAGUUUUUGCGGUCAUCACGAAUGUCAGAACUUUACUUUGAUAUGUAAAAACGAUUAUUACGAAGUUCGGCGCUACCCCGCCAUGAACGUCAUCAAGACAACCACCAAAGGAUCCAUUUUGAAGUGGGGAUAUUUGGAAGGCAUAUACAAACUUUUCAAAUAUGCCCGUGGAAGAAAUAACAAGGAUGCUACUUUUCCGAUGACAGUGCCGAUCAUGGUUGAAGAGAAUAGGAAAAUGUUAUCUAAGUCUAAGGGUAUAUCCAUUACGGAACCGCUAAACGAGAGUCUUGUAGUAAUGCUAUCGUUGCCAUCGAAAUAUAAGGAUAACACCGACACACCCCUGCCGUCAGAUCCUCAACUACAUUAUGGUAAAUACCCUGACAAUGUAGUCUACGUGAAGAUGUUUACCGGGUUCGCCUUACCCUGGACAUGGUCUGAGAAGGCGCAAUCUUUGAUCAAAGCUCUCGUUAGGCACAAUCAAAAUAUUACCGAUAAAGCAUACUUGGCCUAUUAUAAUAAGCCCUCACAAAUAUUCGAUCGUCACAAUGAAAUCAUGUUCCAAGCUAAAGAGAUCAAAACGGAUGUUUCAUAUUGCCAUAAUUUAAUUUAAAUAAUCCUUUUGAAACAUGUGUGAGUGCUUUAUGUUGACCUGUAAUUUUUAGUAUUAAAUUAUUCUAAA